AUGUCACAUGUCUCGAGCAUCCCCGGAAAGCCAACGACGGCGGGUUCGCAGGAAGCAGACCAUCACCGCCUAGAAAGUCAAUCGACACCUGGACAAACUUACAGACACCAACCACCCAAGAUGCUCACCAAGAACCUUUCUACCCUGAUGAAAAAUCAGUCCGGAAGAAAUUAUAAUCAGGUCGUUGGUCGCUCUAACCAGUUCCCCACCGCCUUGAAUCGGUUGCAUCAACAACAAAUCAAAUCGAUCCACAUCGAAAACUCCGUCGGAAACACUUUGCCAUUCAAAUUCCGAGGCCCUGAAACCUCUAAAGCCGGCGUUGCCUUCAAAGUGGUCACCUUCUUCUUCGUCGGAUUCUUCACCCCAUUUGCCAUUGCACGUUAUCAAAUGAAAAAGUCCGGCGCCUGGCCUUGA